UGGUAGUGUGUAGGACGCCAUUUCAUUUUGCCGUUGUUUGCGUCACACCGGUGUUUGUGUUCGUCCAUUGAGUUUUGUAAGAAAUAAGAAUGAGUCGAGGUCGUUCAGCAACAACGACCAAAGUGUUUGUGGGCAGUUUGCCGCCAAACGUAUCCACUGAUGAUUUGAGAGGGCUUUUCGAGCCCUACGGGGUCAUUGCUGAAUGUGAUAUUUCAAAUAGGUGCGGUUUUCUGCACCUCGAUGACCAAGAUUUGGCCAUGAAAGCAAUCAAUGACUUAAAUGGGACUGACUUUAUGGGUGCCAAAAUAUCUGUUGAAAAAGGCAGAGUAAAGAGCAGACGAGGUGGUCCAGGGGGCGGCGGCGGCCCAAUGAGGGGUGGCAAAGAUAGGGGCGGUCCCUACUCACGAGGCGACAAUUUCAGGGGCGGUCCUCGUAACGGCUUUGGCGGCGGUGGCGGUCGCGAUUUUCCACCAUUCGGCGGCGAUCGUUUUGGAGGCGGUGGCGGCGGUUUCGACCGUCCUCGAAGAGGCGGUUACGAUGGAGGAUUUGGCGGGCCGAUGGGCGACAGAAGGGGCUUUGAUGACAGACGAGGUGGCGGUUUUGGCGGCGGCGGCGAUAGAGGAUUCGGAGGUGGCGGCGGCGGCGGAUAUGGCGACCGCCACGGAUUCGCCGACAGACAAGGAGGUGGCUUUUCGGACGACCGCCGCCCUGGAGGCGGUUUUGACCGAAGACCACCACCUGGCGGUGACAUGGGUGGACCACGUGGUGGCGGCGGUGGUGGUGACUUGUUCAGUCGCCGCGAUCAAGGACCAAAACAAGGAUUUGGUGCCGGUGGCGGUAGUGGAUACAAUAACGGAUACGGCGGCGGUGGUGGCGGUGGCGGCGGUUUUCCGGUCGAUGGACCACCAGUUGGCGGCGGUGGCGGUGGAUUCGGCCAAGGUGCAGCCGGUGGAUACGGCGGCGGAGGACCGGGUUAUGGUGGUGAAGCACGCGGAGGUUACGGUGGCGGCAGCGCGGGUGGUGGCUACGGAGGCGGUGGCGGUUAUGGAGACUCAUACGGUUCAGGAGGCGGUGGCGGAGGAGGCGGUCGUUCCUACGACACCGCCUACCCACCAUUGCCACAACAGAGAGGCGGUUUUGCGAGCGGCGGUGGCGGCGGCGCCCCAGGUCCCCGUAGAGACAUGGCCGGACCCGGACGAAGGUUCUAAGUUGACGCGCGCACUAUUGCGCUACCCCUUCUACUCUAUCGUUAAAAUAGACACAAAAAAACACCCAGCGAUUGUAUACAGCAGUACAAUAGUUGUACUGAUAGUACAAAUGAGCGAUCUUAGCGCCUGCUUGCUCACAAAACAAUAAACAAUUUCAUUAAUAUAUCCCCCUCCUGUCAUACUAUACUAUGUAUACACCUCCUCUUUUUUUUUACUUGUUUGUUAUUUUUUCCACACAGAGGGGGGUGAGCGACAAUGUCAUGUAGAUUUUAGUUGCUAACUUAAUUUUACGUAUUUUAUCAUUACCCUACCUGCUGUUUGUCUCACGGACAAACAUGUGGAACUAGUUUUAAUAUUAAUAAAUGUAUAUCUGGAAUUUGAAUUAAAUAAAUGGU